CCCUUACACAAACACUCUCUUUCUUAUUAUGUGAAAGACAGAGAGAGAGCUUCUUCUCUCCUGCUAUUUUUCUUAUAUUUUCUUGGUUACUUUGCUUUUCAUAUAUGGCUCUCCUCACUUUCUUACCAGAGCAGAGAGAGAAGGGAAAAAAACCAUCAAAAUGCAAGCGAAAGUUGCAGAAGCAGAAGCAGAAGCAAAAGCAACCAUCUUCAUGGGACCAAAUAAAAAAUCUACUAACUUGCAAGCAGGUAGAAGAUUCAAGCGUACACGACCCGUCAAAGAACUCUAACGGGUAUUCAAAGAUAGGUUCUUCUUGCAGCUCUAUAUGCAGUUUCAGGGACGUUGUUCAUGGCAACACAAGGGUUGUUGAUAGAGCUGAUAACUCACCAGAAAGUAGCAUAGUCGGUCAAGAAACUGGACUACUGAGUCGAAAACCUGUGAAUGGAUCAUCAUCUCGGUCGUUGGGAAGUUCAGGGAGAUCCAACAGUGGCGCAACAUACACCUCUUCUUCAAGAGGCAUGCAAUUCAGGAAACUUUCUGGUUGUUAUGAAUGUCACAUGAUUGUUGACCCUAGCAGGUACCCAACUCCAAGGACUACAAUAUGCGCCUGCUCCCAUUGUGGAGAGGUCUUCCCCAAGUCUGAAAGCUUGGAGCUUCACCAAAAAGUUCGCCAUGCCGUAUCAGAGCUGGGCCCAGAUGAUUCUGGUCGAAACAUCGUAGAGAUCAUCUUCAAAUCAAGUUGGCUUAAGAAAGAUAAUCCCAUCUUUAAGAUCGAACGGAUAUUAAAAGUCCAAAACACGCAGCGCACAAUCCAACGGUUCGAGGACUGCAGAGAAGCAGUGAAAACUCGUGCACUUAAUAGCACAAAAAAGAACCCCAGGUGUGCCGCUGACGGCAACGAGCUCCUACGAUUUCACUGUACGACUCUCACGUGCUCGCUAGGCGCGCGUGGAUCAUCCAACUUGUGCGGCUCGAUCCCCGCCUGCGGUGUGUGCACCAUCAUCAGACACGGCUUUCAAGGCAAGGAGUGCAAAGGGGUACGCACCACGGCGAGUAGCGGUAGGGCCCAUGAUUCACUUCUUGGCUGUACGGACGGACGGAGGGCCAUGCUGGUGUGUCGAGUGAUUGCUGGGAGGGUGAAGCGUUCGGCGGAAGAUGCGCCACCGCCAGAGGAGAACGCAGUGCCAGCUGGUGGCUCAUAUGAUUCUGUAGCCGGUUGCGCCGGUAUUUACUCGAAUCUGGAGGAGUUAUUUGUUUUUAAUCCAAGGGCUAUCCUUCCUUGUUUCGUUGUAAUUUAUAAUGCACUCGAGUGUUGAUGAUUUUUACUAGUAAUAACUAGUAACGAUCAAAAAAUACUUAACUAAAUUAACGGUUAGCAUUUCAUUGUGCUGACAGCCUUUGUGUAUAUAAUAAAGUCUUAAGUUUUGCAUUAA